AGGUGCGCCGUCUGCCUGGUGCCAGAAUAGCGAGGCGGUGGAAGCUGUGCGGCGCCAGGCUCGCCGCGAAUCUCACCGUACAGCCGUGACCUCCGCACCCGAAGGCCGGACUCAGCCUCUCUCUCUCCCACCCCCCCUUCCACAACCCCAUGGCCGGGGGAGGUGUCCGCACAAAGGGAACGACUACCGCCGCCGACGAGCACGCAAUGGAGGAACGGAGGGCAGCGCAGGGCUCCCGCUGUGUCGAGGUGACCCUGAGUGGGGGUGCGCCCUGGGGAUUCACCCUGCGAGGGGGUCGGGAGCACAAGGAGCCUCUCCUCAUCACCAAGAUCGAGGAAGGGAGUAAAGCAGCUGCUGCAGGCAAACUGCAAGUGGGAGAUGAGAUGGUCAGCAUCAACGAUGUGAUCCUCACUGGCUACAGGCAGGAGGCCAUCUGCCUUGUGAAGGGCUCGCACCGGACUCUGAAGCUAGUGGUGAGAAGGAGUAAUGAGCCUGCGAGUAGGCCUCACUCGUGGCAUUCGACAAAGUUCACAGAUAGCCAGCCGGAAUCUGCAAGGAUGCAGCUAUCGUCCAGUGGACUAUGUCCGUCGUGGCACUCGCGCUAUCACGCCACCUCCUCGUCGAAUGACCUCUCGGACAAGUGGGACGAGACCACCCUGCACCGCGCUUCUGACCAGUUCAGCUCCCUCGGCAGCAUGGAGAGCCUGGACCAGCCCCCUGCCAUCUACCAGGGGGUCAGCCUGUCCCCUGCUCACUCCAGCAACAGCAUGGACCAGAUCUCGGGGCACAGCAAACGGGAUUCGGCCUACAGCUCCUUCUCCACCAGUUCCAGCACCCCGGACUACACCCUCUCGUCUUCCAAGAGUGACAUGUCGUCCUCCACGGAGAACAUGCUGAGUAGGGGACCCCCCUGGGAUGCCCCAAAGCCCAGCAAUGGUAACGGGCGCCAAGGUCAGAAUGCAGCUGAGCGAUCCAGCCUAGAGGACAGGCCCGAUGACUCAACACGCCCAGACGAAUACCUCGGCUGCAGGCCCCAUGCAUCGGGCAGGGCCAGCUUCGGGCCUGUGUGGCACGUGCCGGAGAGGAAGGGUCAGGGCGAGAGCCGGGUGCCCCGUAGGGUAUCCCCACCGCCGCCCCCUCCCGUCCGCAGCGACAGCUUCGCCGCCACCAAGGUGCACGAGAAGGCACAUGCCGGGGGGCCCCCUGACGGGAAUGGGCCCUCCCGGCAACAGACCUCGGCCAAGCCUCAGCUGCGAGGUGACUGGGCCGGGGAGGACCCUGAGCGCGAGGGCAAGAGGGCGAAGCAGGCCAGCCCUCUGUACGGGGCCGAGAUGGCUCCCUCGGCCCUAUGGGACAACAAUAAGCAGCCCAGUGCUGGCAAGCUGAGCCUGUCCAGCAUGGACGUCCGUUACUCCCAGCCCACCUCGCCCACCUCUCACCAAAGGCAGCACAGUGACGAAAGCACCUUUCACCAUAACGGUGGAACCAGGAUGGCCCCAUGGGGCACCAGCCUUUAUCAUGGCCCACACCCAACUGCGGCUGAGAGCGCUCCCCGUUCUGACUGGAGCCAAAGAGGGCCAACAAAAACGGCCCUUCCCGCUCCCGCCUGCUCCCGGCAGCCUGACCUAGCCGGAGCUCACCCUGCGCGGGCCCAGUCAGAAUGCUGGGAUAGCCAGAAGGGAGCGGCCUACCCCCUCAGCCCCGAUCACAGCAGCAGCGACACAGGCCCCAGGCCUCCCGGGGACCAGGCCUCGCCCUCCGAUGGCCGCCUCCCCUGCAGGCCCGAAGCAGGGGCGUCGCGUCCGCCUUAUGGCCACCUGGAGGGCAGCCGAUGCCGAGCACUGAGCGAUCGAAGCUGGCCGCGGGCAGAGGGCACGGCUGUGUGCCCUGACAGGACGCCCCUGCUUCACUCCCUGGCGCAGGAGAGCAGGAAGCUGCCGGCUGAGGCCUCGGUCUAUCCACAGGUCAAGCAGCAGCAACAGCGGAGGAGUGAUCGCUUUGCCACCGCCCUGCGCAAUGAGAUCCAGACCAAGCGGGCGCAGCUGCAGAAGAGCAAGAGCGCCGCGGUUUUGACACCCGUUUCCCCGGAGACGGCGGGCAAAGCCGGGGGCUCCCGGGAGGAGUGGGCGGCCGAGUGCCCUCCCUUCCCUGACGGCUCCUCCUACAAGGACGACCUGAAGGAGGCCCAGGCCCGCGUCCUGAGGGCCACCUCCUUCCAGCGGAGGGACUUGGGGCCCCUGGCACCCCCCCGCCAGCCUGUCACCCCUGCUGCCAAGGAAGAGGGGCCCUUGCCUCCCUCGGCCAUCCACCCACGGGUGCCAGCCCUGACCCGUCUGGGUGGCAGGAAGCGGCUGACUUUGGAGCAGAAGCUGCGCUCUUAUUCCGAACCAGAGAAGAUGAACGAGGUGGGCGCCCCUGACGAGGCUGGGACAUCCCUUCCUCCCCCUCCCCCUCCCCCUCCCCCGGGCACGGACCCCCCUACCUCCUUCGCCGACAGGCGGCAUUUCUUUGAGGCGGGUGGGAGGCCCCCACCUCCACCCAGUCAGAGUGUCCGCCCCAGCGGCGCUGAGGCCCAGCUCGCGCUGCACGGGAAAGGCAGCGGCAGCAAGGCCGAGUACGGGCAUCUGGAGGCUGCGGACCAGGACUGGGCCUGUGUCCGGGCCAGCUCACUGGGAGGGGGCCGCGAGAGCCCCCGGAGGGCCCCCGAUCCCGGAGGGAGCUGGCCGCUGCGAUACCUGGGCCCCCAAACCAGCGGCGGCCUCCCUGAGAGGCCCACCCCCGCUGGGCAUCCCCGUAACCUGGACCCCAGCGGGCACAAGGCUGGGCCACAGCGCCUUGGCACCUUCGCAGAGUACCAGGCGACGUGGAGGGAGCAGAGGAAGGUGUCGGAGGCCCGGAGUUCCGGAAGGUUCCAUUCUGCGGAUGACAUCCUUGAGCAGAGCUUGCAGGAGCCUGCAAGCCCGCAGUACGUGCAUGAACGAUCCAGAUCGUCACCUUCCACCGAUUUCUACGUCCAGGACGUUCCCGUCGACUCGAGAAGGCGGCCGGACGGUUUCCGGAGGGAGAUGGAGCAUCCUGCUCCCGGAGCUGAAGGAGGAAGGUCGAGCCCACCUGCAAGAUUGCUGGAGCCAGAGAGUGUAGAGAACGCCCUUGAAGGAUUGAGGCUUUCGUCGGAGCGAGGUUCUGAGCACAGCUGGUCUGAGCGAAAUGUGCCCGCCAAUGAGAAUCAGGCCCGGGACUGGCGUCAAGGCCCAGUCAAUGCUAUGCUGAGCGGACACCAGGACCAGGGAGUGGAUGGGGACCAACUCGAACGGACACCCACGUCUGAUGGUCCGACGAGCCAGGGGUUGAGUCAGUCCUGGGCCGCGGGCGGGAACCCGGCCUGGUCUGGGGAGACGCGGGCAUCGCCCAACAGGAAGAAAGGGAUGCCCCAAACGGGCAAGUAUGCCUGGCAGCAGGAACUGCCACAGCCUGGGGCGGCCGCUGUACUGGAGACCACCCAGCUGCUGCCUGACCUGCCCCAGGUGGGCACAAGCGAAGCACCAACUGCUGUCACCGAUCGGCUGCCAAGCUGUGCUGCUGGCACUGAGCCCCGGCAGCCUCCACCCAGCGGAUCUUCUGGGCCUGCCCAUGCCCAGGCUGGGAAAGCGGAGCUGAGAGAGGGCACCAGAGAGAGCUGGGCCUUCCCUUCCUUCCCGUCGGAUUCUGCUCGUCCUCCUUCUCCACAGUUUGCCCCUCAGAGACUCACCGACAAACCGCCCCCUACCGUUGAAGGUGACAGGCUGCCCAGAAUCGAGAAGGUGACGGAGAACAACACGACGGUGAAGAAGGUGCCGAUCAAGAUCGUUUGUUCGGAAAGCCAGACAGAGAAGGAGAGCCGACACAACCUGCUGAACAAGGUGGAGCACACGAGCUGCGGCCUGAAAGAGCAGCGAGAAGCCAUUGGCAGCUGCGAGCAUUCUUCGGUGUUCAGCACCUACAGCAGGGAGGAGCUGGAACUGCUUCGGGAGUGCACUUCUCCUGAAACUGCCCAGUCUGAACAAGCAGCAAGCAACUCCUGGGAAAGCAAGCCACUCUCUCCUGUGCCCAGCUACGGGAAGACUAAGGAGAAGAGCAUCGAAGAUAUCAAGUCCGAGGAGUUGGCGAGGGAGAUUGUUGGCAAGGACCGAACACUGGCUGAUAUUUUGUACCCGAACUCUAAGCUAAAGACCACCAUGGAUUUGAUGGAAGGUAUCUUCCCCAAAGACGAGACUGUCCUACAGGAAGCUCAGCAACGCAGGAAGCUGCUUCCGACUCGACCUUACUCGCCCAAGCCUGCAGAGGACAGGGAAGAGGAGAUAAUGACCAUUGGGGUCUCCCUAACCACAAGCUCAACCUACUACAGUACAUCCGCACCUAAAGCUGAGCUGCUCAAUAAGAUGAAGGACAUGCAGCAGCAGAUAGAAGAGGAGGAGGACUCGGAAGAUGAGCUGAACCAUGACCUCACGGAAAAGAAGCAAGAGCUGAUCGACAGCAUAAGCAAGAAGCUGCAAGUGCUGCGUGAGGCCCGGGAGAGCUUGCAGGACGACGUCCAGGCCAACAAUCUCCUCGGCAACGAGGUGGAGGCCAUUGUCAAGCAAGUCUGCAAACCCAAUGAGUUUGAGAAGUUCCGAAUGUUCAUCGGCGACCUGGACAAAGUGGUGAACCUGCUGCUGUCGCUGUCUGGACGGCUAGCCAGAGUAGAGAAUGCCCUCAACACCUUGGACAAAGAUGCCUCUCCGGACGAGCGGAAGACCCUCACUCAGAAACAAAAGCUCCUCACAAGACAGCAUGAAGAUGCAAAGGAGCUGAAGGAGAACUUAGACAGGAGGGAGGGGGUGGUGUUUGACAUUCUCUCUAGUUACCUGACAGACGAGGUCCUCCAGGACUACGAGCACUUUGUGAAGAUGAAAUCGGCCCUUAUUAUCGAACAAAGGGAGCUGGAGGACAAGAUCAAACUGGGGGAGGAGCAGCUGAAGUGUUUGCUGGAGAGCCUGCCUGUCGAUGGCCACCAAAGUAGAAACCCAUAUACUGGACACUGAGUUACCAUCAGUGUGCGCUCCCCUCUUUCUGUCCGUGUGUGUGUGUGUGUGUGGUAUAGCUGGAUCUGUCCACUGGGGGAGCUCAGCGUGGGAGGAAUGACUUGAGACCAUGAUUCUGAGCAUCAGUUUUCUAUGCGGAACCGAGUUCUGUCAUAUUGAACCUAUAAUAUUUUUUAAACUUCUGGAUAUGUAGUCACACAUCUAACAUUCUAUUUGCUACCACAACAACCACUUCCCGCUCCCCCCCUCCCAAAACCCUCCAAUGCCAAUUUGUCCUGUUUUUACCUGAGAAGCGUGAAAAUGAAAAAGAACGGCUUCCUCAUUGAUUUUGAGCAAGGUUCAGAUACUUUUGUUCCCAUAUGGUUUUAUUUCCUUUUGGAUAAGUAUGACACAUUCAUAAAAUGAUGUGAUAACUGGAUAUUUUUUCUUUAAAAAAAGAAUGUGCAUUAAAUUAAUUUAUUGUAGCAUUUAUUAAAGUAAAUAAGGUGAUUACAGAA